AAGAAACAGAAAAACGAGCUCGGAAAAGAUAACUUUGUGAGGACAGCAAUGGCGACUACGGUCUAUGCGGCGGCAACUUCCACCUCCAUGGCGGCCACCGCCGUCAUGUUACCUCGUCUUCCUACUAGAACCACCACCACCGCCCGUUGCUCCGCCGUACCUAACCUCCCAACUCGUUCGUUUUCAACGUCCGUGAAGCAGGUUUCAGAGUCGAAGCGGUCAUCUUUGUUCCGGAUCAAGGCCUCAGAAGAUGCAUCAUCCGCGACAGAUCCUAAUGAAUUGUUCACCGACCUAUUGGAAAAGUGGGAUGCACUUGAAAACAAGUCUACAGUCAUAAUCUAUGGAGGAGGAGGAAUUGUUGCAAUUUGGUUAUCCUCAAUCCUUAUUGGUGCCAUUAACUCCGUUCCACUGCUUCCGAAAAUAAUGGAGUUGGUAGGACUUGGAUAUACGGGAUGGUUUGUCUACCGAUAUCUACUCUUCAAGUCGAGCAGAAAAGAGCUAGCCACGGAUAUCGAGUCCAUAAAGAAGAAGAUCGCAGGGACCGAGUAGAUGAUCGUGGUUUCGAUCUAUAAUCCUACAUUUACUUUGUUCAUCGCGUUGGAAUCGAUCUUUUUCUAUAUAUAUAUUUUUUUGAAAUUUAUGUACAAGAGGCAUAUAUGGUCUUGUAAUGUAGUAUAGAUCUUCUAUGGAAUUUGUAUGUAAUCCUAUUAUUGUUUUACUCCCCAUAAAACUUGAAAAGUUUGGGUAAA